UUUUUUCGUCAGUCGAACUUCGCCAACCGCUCAGGCUAGUCGCAAUAUUCGCGAACCUUGAAACAAACUUGAAAAUAUCAUAAUUUAAUCAAAAACUGUUUCGACUAUUUCAAAACUUGUUGGUUUUUGUUUCACUCUUCAUUACGGAAUACUAUUCCCCACCCAAGGAUUAAAUCAUGUCGAGCAGAGGAGAAGAAACUCAACACUGCGACGAAGAACGACCCCGGCCAGUUCGUUUCAGCAUUUUUGGUCAAAUUCAACAACAGCAACAACGAGCUUCAUUAUCUCAUCAUCACGUGUCCAUUAAAGCCGAGAGUGGAGAAUACAUGGACGACCGUUACCAUGACGACGAAGAUGUUCAUCCGGAAUUGGAAGAUGGUGAAGAUCAGCCAUUGGAUUUUUCGGCCAAGAAACCUGAACCUAAAAUCACGGCCAAAGUUGCCGUGAGGCCGAGCAAUGGUCACGAUCAUCAUCAGGUUCAACUUCAUCACAGUCUACACGGGCAUUUUCCGACGCCCAGCUGGGCAAUGCCGGCCACCAGUCAUUCGAGUGAGAGCGGAGUAUCGGAUUUGUGUUCUAAUUCGCCUCAAUCAGACAAUGAACCGCCCAUGGCACCUAAAAGUCCGCUCGGCGGAUCUCCCCUUGCCCAACAACCGCGUGAAAUCCAGCAACAGCCACAACAACCCAACCGGAUGCCGCAAGUGACGUCUCCUUUACCCGCAGCUCUUAGCGCCAUCUAUGGGCCAUUGGCGGCUCUGCAGAACAACAGGAACGCUGUCAACGGCGGAAUCGAUCCGGCUAUUACAGCCGCAACUACCCAACUACUUUCCAAUUUAGCCGCAGUCACUAAUGGUGGAAAAGGUGGCAAAAAUCCUCGACCAUUCAAAGCUUAUCCGCGUGAUCCAAUGAGUCUACCGUUGGGUCUUUACGGCCUCCCUAUGGCCGGGAAUCACAAUGCUGGCGAAGAAACUGUCAUGACCCAAGCGUCUAAUGACGCCUACGCUGAAUUCCGUCGCCAAAUGUUGUCGCAGGUCAACGCCACUAAGUCGAAACGCAAAAGCAUCAAUGAAAAUGGCAAUAGUCGUCCCAGCAGCGUCAAUGGCGACAGCGAUGAUGGAACCGUUCAUGGUCACAAUGGAAACGACAGCGACGUCCCUGAAGCGACUCACAUUCGUGGAACUGUUUCAGUGACGGACAUGCGGCUGAUUAGCAACGACGAUGAUUCCGAGCAUUCAGCCAACGAUUCGAUCCACGUACCUAGUGGAGGGAUCAAAUCUCCUGCUAUUAAUAACAACGUUGGAGAUUUAUCUUUAUUGGGUACGUCACCCGGGGGAGGAGGAAUGAUGUCCGUUUCGGCUAUGGCUGCCACCACUUCUGGCAAUUCGUCGUCGAAUGGCAGCGGAGGCAAGAAGCGAGGCCGUAACGGCGAAGAGAUCAAAGACGAAGCCUAUUGGGAGAGGCGAAGGAAAAAUAAUGAAGCUGCCAAGAGAUCCCGUGACGCCCGACGUGCCAAAGAAGAUGAAAUCGCCAUCCGGGCCGCCUUCCUCGAACAGGAGAACCUCAAGCUCCGCUUCGAAUUGGCCAAUCUCAAGAACGAAACAGCCAAAUUGCGUUGUAUGAUUUACAACAGUUAGAAAAAACGCACACACAUUUCUUCAUUUAUUAAAUAGUAUUUCGAAGCGGGAAAUCACAAUUCCUUUUUUUAAAAAAGAAUAAUACGUUAUAUCGGUUUGUAAUUAAAUACGGGAUUUUGUACGCGCGAGGACAGCGUCUUAAUAAUUUAUCGUGUCGUUUUUUUU